AUGACAGAACACACGCAUACCAGCCCAGCAUCCGAGAAGGUCGCGAUGGGCGACAGCAGCCACCAGGAAAACGCCGAGGGCGUGAGAAUGGAGAUGCUUCAGGAGUCUGUGGGCCUUGAUAUUGCGCGGCGGACCAGUCCCCCACAGCCGUGGAGCCCUCAGAUGCGAAAGCUGUACGCGGCCGUGACUGUUGCAUAUCUUUGCUCCGCCCUAAACGGCUUUGAUGGCUCGCUCAUGGGCUCUCUGCUGCCCAUCCAGCAGUUCAGAGACACUUUCGGAUCCGGCUUGGUCGGUUCGCAGGCGUCCCUGAUCCAGGGCAUGUACACCAUUGGUGGCGUCAGCGCGCUGCCCUUUGUCGGCUUCGUGCUGGACACCUGGGGUCGCCGGAUGGGAAUGUUCGUUGGAUCUCUGGCUGUUAUUGUUGGAACGAUUCUUGGAGGGACUGCCAACGAAAUGGGCCAGCUCCUAGCCAGCCGGUUUUUCCUUGGCUGGGGAUACUCGAUGGCAGCUUCAGCUGCACCCGCUUAUGUGGUGGAGAUGAGCCAUCCUGCCUACCGCGACAUCAUGACCGGGUUGUACAACUGCCAAUACUUUAUCGGGGCUAUCGCUGCCGCCGGUGCAUGUCGCGCCUGUCUGAAGUACGAGUCCUCGCUCGCCUGGCGCAUCCCGAUCUGGUGUCAGUUAAUCUCGUCCGGUUUCGUCGUUCUUCUCGUCUGGUUGAUUCCAGAGUCUCCCCGUUGGCUAUACAGCCACGGCCACCGCGAAAAGGCGUGGGAUGUUAUCACAAACUACCACGGGGAGGGAUCUCGGGAAAAUGCCUAUGUCGUCCUACAGAUCCGGGAGUACGAAGACGCAAUCAGUCUUGAGGGCUCCGAUAAACGUGCCUGGGAUUUCAAGGCACUGGUCAACUCGAAGGCAGGUAGGUGGCGUCUGCUGUGCGUAGGCAUCGCGUCCUUCCUCAGCCAGUGGUCGCAGGCUGGUGUCACCACAUACUAUAUCGGAGGGCUCCUGGAGAGCGCCGGUAUCACUGAUACUACCAGAGUGUUGGACAUCAAUCUCGGAAACACCGUUCUUUCGGCCGGCGGUGCCUACCUAGGAAGCUUUUUUGGUCCCAAGAUCCGCCGAAGGCCCAUGAUGAUCGGUGCUUGUAUUUCCUGUGGCAUCUUCUUUGCAGGUCUCUCCGCAAGCACUGGGGUUUACUCAAGCUCUCAACAAACAGGAGCUGCAACGGGCUCCAUAGUCAUUAUCUUCCUGAUUGGCUUUUGCUACAGCUUUGGCUGGACACCCCUGCAAGCCAUGUAUUCGGUCGAGUGCCUGGCGUACGAGACUCGCGCCAAAGGUAUGGCGGUGUACUCCGUCUUCACUAAUAUCGCUUUGCUUGUCAAUCAGUUCGGUAUUGGAAACGCCAUGAGCGAAAUAGGGUGGCACACAUACAUCCUUCUCGCCGGCUGGAAUAUGGUCCAAGCCGUGUUCAUUUACUUCUUUGCCGUCGAAACAAACAAGCGGACUCUUGAAGAGCUCACCGAGGUCUUUGACGCGCCCAAUCCCCGGAAGAAGAGCACAGAGCCGAAGGCGGUGCUAGUGUCUGGUAGAAAUGAGGUCGUUGAAGUUAAAGAUCAGGAGGCCAUCUGA